AAAUAAUCCGUUUCGCCACCCACAAUUUAGGAUAUUAUCCGGCAGUCAUGAAUAAAUUGUGUUAUAAACUUUCUGGCUGUUUGCCGAUACUAGAUUCCAUCGUAAUGAUAUGUAAAAUACACACUGUAUGACCAACAAGAAUCCGUACGAAAGAUGUUUUCCCUUCGGAUUGUGACAGUUGAUUCGUACCAGGCCUUUCCAGUUAGGGGCUAUGAUAUAUGUUACUCUGAUUUCCGGGGCUCUGAGAUUUAUAAAGUUCCGGUUAUUCGAGUUUUUGGCAUUACGCCUGCUGGUCAGAAGGGAUGCAUUCACGUUCAUGGUGUGUUUCCGUAUAUCAGUGUCAAAUAUAAAGAUGUGUUCCCUGAUGCAGAUGCUAAAAAUUCCCGAAGAUAUAUGCAAGAACUUACUCUAGAUAUUGAUAAAGCUCUCAAUGUGGCAGCCAGAAAUGCCAAUUCACACCGACAUCAUGUUUACAAAAUUAUUUUAACUAAGCGAAUACCAUUUUAUGGCUAUCAUGAAACUGAAGAAGAUUUUCUGAAAAUAUAUUUUUAUAAUCCAGUUGAUGUCAAUUGGACAUCUGAACUGCUGACCAAUGGUGUGAUAUUGAACAAAUUUAUUCAGCCUUAUGAAGCUCACAUUCCUUACAUUUUACAGUUUUUUAUUGAUUAUAAUCUUUUCGGUAUGAAUCUUUUAAAUAUUUCGAAGUUGAAAUUUCGAGCUUCAGACAAAGAUUUGAGAACAGCUUUUUCACCUCUACGAAUUAAAAAUGCAUCUCAGUUAUCAGAACAAAGUAUUUCCAUCUCUGAUAAAGUGUGGAAUGUUUACACAAUGAGCAGUUCUCAGCUGAGCAACUUACAAAGACAGACUACGUGUGAAUUAGAAGGUGACUGCUGCGAAAGUGAAAUUUUGAAUAAAUUAAGUCAUUUAUCAUGUGAAGGUAAAAAUCCUGGUCUCGUUGCUAUUUGGGAAGAAGAGAAACAGCGGAGGCAAGCUGAUAAUGAUACCUCACAAAUCACUCCAGUGCCUAGCCAAGAGAGACGUGAUAUUAUAGAAACAGAAACCGAAAUGUUUUACAAAAGGAGAUUAAGGAAAAUUUUAGAAACAUAUGAAAAGCAUGCAAGAUUUAAUUUUGCUGAUACACUAAGGAAUAAAUGCACUUCAGGUAAUGCAGUUUUUCUCUGUUUUUCCUAUUCUAUUUAA